AUUUUCUAAAAAGAUUAAAAAUGACCAAACUAUUGGGACCCCUCGUGACUGAUCUUAGCGGCAGCGUGCAAGAUUGACAAUUUAAUUAUUAUGGCAAUAAACUUGCAGUUACCGACUCUGAAGGUUGCAUUGAAGUUCAAGAUUUGGAAGACCAAAGCACCCAAGGAGCUAAUCAUGAGUCAGGAUUUAGAAGAGAACAUUUUAAAGCCCAUGAUGGUCCAAUCUGGCAAGUAACUUGGGCUACUCCUGAAUGAGGGAGCUUAUUGGCCUCAUGCAGUUAUGACAAAACUAUCAAAAUAUGGUCAGAGAAGAACUGAAUGCUCACAAAUAUCCAUACAUUAUCUAAAUAUGACUGCUCGGUAAAUUGUAUCCAAUGGGCUCCAGCUGAAUACGGAGUAAAAUUGAUUGCUGGGUUAAGUAGUGGGAAAAUAAUUGUUGCUUCAUACCUUCCAGCAGAUGAAACUUGGGACCAACACAUUAUUGAUGCUCAUGACUCUAGCGUGAAUUCUAUCUCCAUUGCAAAGGCAGAUAACUUCAAGUUCGUAUCCUGAUCAUGUGACAACCAGGUCUACCAAUGGGUCCAAGUAGAGAAUGAAUUCAACAGAGAGAAGAUCGGAUUCCAUGACGAGUGGGUCAGAGAUGUAGCAUACUAUAAUUCUGACCUCCCAACUGAUACCUCCAGAGUCGUGUCAGGUGGAGAGGACAAUAAGGUCAAAAUUUGGAGAAAGGAUGGAGACCAAGGUGAGUGGAAGCUUGAGAAAGAGAUUACAAAAGAUUCUCCAGUCUGGAGAGUCGAUUUUUCACCAGUUGGAGGACUUCUUUCGGUUUGUUCUGGUGACAACCAAACAACUGUGUACCAAGAGAAAGUUCCAGGCAGUGGAGACUGGGUCUUAGAGUCGAUACUGAAUGAAGAAGGAGUUAUCAGAGAGAAGUAA